CCUGUUUGUGAAUCGACGCCCGUAAAUCGUUUGUAGUGAAUGACCGGGACUGUGUAAUCGCAGUGCGUUGUUUAUUCUGCAUUUAAUCACGCAAUACGUCAAUAUGGGACAGAAGCCAUCAUCCGUACCGGAGGCAACAGCAGAGCUGGACAAGUUAAAAAACAAGGCAAAGACUGAAAUAUCGAAAUACCAACAAGAUAGCCUAUCAAAGAAAGACGAAGUCGUGGAACCGUCCGACCCCCAGAGAGGUCGAGACGUCUUCGUUCGAGAAUGUGAACACUGUCAUACUAUAGAAAAGGGAGGCGAACACAAAUUCGGACCGAAUUUGCAGAAUCUAUUCAAUCGCAAAGCUGGGGAGUUGGAAGGUUUCACCUAUCGUGACCUCGAUCGGUGGACGGAGAAAGAUAUCACAUGGACCGAUCAGACCCUGGAUGAGUACUUGGCCGAUCCAGGGAACUACGUACCUGGGACCAAGACGUUUUUCAAACCAUUGCCAUCAAAGCAAGACAGAAUAGACCUUAUCGCGUACUUACACGAAGCAACAAAAGACGACUAGAGGCAAUUAUCGUGAAAUGUGAUGCAGAACGGUGGUCAUCAAGGAUUGUCUGCAUUCAAACUUUUGAAUAUAACAACUUUUCCCUUUCUACAGGUUUAUGACGCUUUGGUAUAGAACUGUUUUAUUUGUUUGUUUUUUGUUAACUAAAAUUUGAAUAGUUGCCGAUUGUGCCUUUACAAACUAUUAAUGUUUAUUUGCUGUUGUUUGUUUGUUCCACUGGUAGGCACUGACACUAUACGUGGCAUAUGUAUGUUAUAUGCGCCAGUUAUAAACUGCCACGGUUGUAUCGUUUAUCUUUUCUAUUGUGCUCUGGUAUUACCAUGUAUUACAGAGAAUAAAACGAUAACUUCACUUGAUCAAACAAA